CCUUAUUGUAUAGAAGCCACCAGCUACUGCGUCUUUACGAACGCCAAAUUCCAGGGGCCCAAUCGCGGUGUGAGCAUAAUCGAAGCGAAUUCCUCACAAGCUACCGCUGUAUUGGCUUCAACUGCAAGCCUGCAUGUGGUAUCGAGCGGCGCCCCUGAAGUUGGAAAUGAAUCACCGCCAUACCAAGUUCAAGAUAUCCCUGGCAAAGGGAAGGGCGUCGUCGCAACACGCAAAAUCUCCCGAGGGGAAGUCUUCAUGCUGGACUACGCGGCGGUCUUGGUUGACACCCAGAUGCCGAGCCGAAUCAAGCGUGACCAGGGCCGCCAAUUGUUGAGAGAAGCAAUCGAGCGGUUGCCAGCCGCGAGAAAGAUACUGGAUCUGGCCCGUAGCAGCUUGGAUCCCGAUAAUGUCCCGGCUGCUGAGGAUGUCAUCAAAACAAACUCAUUCCAAGUAGACAUUGGGGGAAAGGGAUACAUGGCACUGUUUCCCGAGAUUGCGAGAAUGAACCACGCAUGCAAACCAAGCGCCCUUACCCGGUUCAACGCCACCACCCUCUCCAACACAGUAACCGCCUUCCAUGACAUCCACCCUGGCGAAGAGAUCACCAUCAGCUACACACCCUUCGGUCUGCCCUCCACAAGCCGACAAGCCCUGCUGCGGCAAAACUGGGGGUUUGAGUGCGCAUGUUCCCUCUGCGCCUCGCCGCCGAACGAGCUGGCCGCGUCGGAUGCGCGCCGCAAGAUGAUUGCAGACUUAGGCCAGCAGGUGCUCGGGCUGGUGGAGAAAGGGAGCGCGGCGAGCAUGAAGCGGGCGGCGGAACUGUACAGCGAAGUGGCGGACGCGGUGCGCGAGGAAGGCCUGGUCCCGCACCUCGGCGCGCACUACGAGGUUUUGGGUAGGUUGUACAUCGCCGCGGGGGAUACGAAGAAGGGGGCGGAGAUGGUGAGAAGGGCGGUGGACGAGGGGAAGGGGUUUGAG